AUGCCACGAAGCCGGCACUGCGGCCCCAGCGCCCGUGCCUGGAGUCCCGCAACGCGCCGGCGCCUUGAGCCCGGCCAGGGGAAGCCUGAAGCCAGAGAGGCUGGCGCCAGAGACCCGGCUGAUGGCGGGCAGCACGCCGCGAGGCCCAGCGCGCCCGUCCAGGUCAAGGGCGUGAAGCGCUGCGCUCGUAGCCGGCCAGCGCGCAGCCAGCCCUUGGGGCUUGCGCAGGGUCUCUGCCUGGCGCUGCAGACCAAGCCGACGCUUGGGAACUGGCGCUGCAGGCUGACGCGGUUGCCCAGAGCCCGGCGCUGCGGGUUAAUGCCAGAGGCCACCUCUACCACCAACGUGGCGCUGUUCACGGCGCCGCUGACCCGCCGGGCGUCAGAGCGCGAACUGGCCGACGCAGGCAAGAAGCGCGCCACCUCCGCGGGCGGUCUCGACCGCAAGCCGGGCGAAGGCUUGUGGUUAAAAGUAAUCUCCGGUGGACCUGCGUCCACCCGUUCUAUUUCCAGAUUUGAAAAUGUCCACUUCCAUGUACGAAGUGUUCCACUGGGUGGACGAACCCAUGGCCUGCAGGGCCGGGAAAAACGGCUCUGCUUCUCCCUUCCCGGCCAAGCCGUCGGAGGCGCGGCCCAUCAAGCCCACCCUGUCCCUGCCCGUGAACGAGAGCCGCCCCCUCCCGCUGUCCGUGUCCAGCGCGCCCCAGACCCCGUCCGCCCGCACCCUCCACAUUGCCAGUCUGUUUUGUGGCGACGAGACGGACUCGCCGCCACCCGCCGUCAUGUCCCAGUCGGCGUACAGCGCGUCGUCCAGCCCGUCCGGGGCAUCGGCUGCCGCACUCGCCACGACGCGCGUCAACCGUCGCAAGACAGACCUGAUGCCUACCAUCCCCUCGCCGCGGGACGGUGGCGGCAGCUCACCGGCGGCCGGCGGGCCGCGCUCCGCGCGCCCCUUCACGCGCUCACCAGUCUGGCGCGGCCGCCGCGUCGCAGCCGCUGCGCCGGCCCCGCAGCAUGUCUCGCCAGCAUGCCACUUUGGCGGCGCCGUCCGUUUGCGCCCUGCGCGCCGCUCAAGAGCAUAUGCGCACCUGGGCCCGGGCCCGCGCCGCAGGCCGGCCGCUGCGCCGCCGCGCCUCAGCGCGCCGAGCGACUGGCCAUUCCGCGCCGCGACAUGGCGCGCCAGCAGCAGCACCACGCGGCGGCGGCAGCGCCCGCCCACACGCCCACGCCCCACGCCGCCGCCGGCCAACAGCAGGCCACAGGGUUGCGUUCUGGUGAAGUGACUCCAACUCCUCCAUCACGACCUUUGUCGGCGCUCAGUCAACAAAGCAUGAGCAGUGUGGGCUCAGGUGUUAACCUGCGACCAAGACCCACUGCUGCACCACGUCGCCCUCGGCCUGUCAGCAUUGCUGUCACAGGCGUCAGCUCAGAACAGAUGGCAGCAGCAAGCAAUGCUACUCAUAGACACAGCAUUACAGGCGAUCCUCGUCCUCCAAAAAUUACUGAGAAAGAAGGAGCAAAACCACCUCUUCCAAAGGUCCAUAGCAGCAAGAAGCCUACGACUCCAGCCAAGAAACCAAUCUUAGACAAGUCAAGGACUCCACCUGUCAAGGCUUCUCCUCGAGCAACUCCAAAGGCUACACCGCUGCAGUCUCCAGGUUCGGAAGUGCCUCCACCUCUUGCAGAAAGGGUCGAUGAUAAACAUGAAACUGAAGAUGGACGAUCUGAAGAUUCUGCAACCAAAUCUUUGGAUACUUCUGAAACUGCUGUUGAAAUCCAAGAAACUACUGCAGAAGUGACUGAGCCUCAGAGAGAACAGCCUGUACCAUCGGUGGCUGUAACUGCUUCUUCAGAAUCCGUUGAAGCUGCAACUGAGGAAUCUGAAAAGGAAGGAGUAGAUGUUCCUAAAUCAGUUGCAGCUGCAGCUCCGGCACCUACAGCCACAACACUUGCAUCUAGUGCUUUAAUUGCUGCUGAACAAGCAGAGGGUGAAAAUGAAAUGACUGCGUCAUUCAUUGCAAAAACUCGCAUUACUACAGAAGAGGAGGCGAAGGCUGCAUUGGCUGAAAGACGGCGUUUAGCACGUGAACAAGCAGAGAGAGAAGCAGAAUUGGAACGCCAGAGACAAGAAGAGGAACGUAGGCGUGAGGAAGAGCGUAUUCGUCAGGAAGAGGAAGAACAACGUCGUUUUGAAGAAGAGCAAGAACGAUUGGCUGAAGAAGCUCGUCGAGCUGAGGAAGAAAGGCUUAAACAAGCUAUCCUUGAAAACCAAAAACGUGAAGAAGAAGAGAAAAAGCGGCGGGAAGAGGAAGCUCGGUUAAAGGCUGAAAAGGAGGAAGCAGAGAAAAAGGCUCGUGAAGAAGCAGAAAGAUUGCGCAAAGAAAUGGAUGAGCGACUGAGGAAGGAAGAGGAAGAGAGAAUUGCUCGUCGUAAGAGGGUUGAAGCUAUUAUGUUAAGAACUCGUGGCAAAGGAUCUGCAGCGUCUAGCACAUCUGCUAAGGGUCAGGAAGAGGGUGAUAAUGAUGAAGGAAAGGAUGACAGCCCGUCCGAGGAAGUGAAGUCGGUGCCUAGCAAUACAAAUGGUAGUAGCCAGUGUGCAUCAGAGGUUCAGCAGGAAGCAGAACAGCCAGCACCAAUGUCAGAACUCCAGGAGAAGCAGCAAGUAUCGUCAGGAAAUGGCCAUCAACCAAUGGACACGUCAGCAUCUCCCAGUGCAGCGCAAUCUCCUCCUGCUCUAGCUCCCAGUACCAAUGGCAAAGCUUCAUCAGAUGCCACUAGUGACUUGUUAAUAGACACAAGCAGUGCUGCAGUGUUAAAGCCUGUUGAAGCUAGUGAAGAUGGGCAGAGUCGAAACAAUGUCGUGUCUACCCAGAGCAAUGGUCAUCAAAAUGGCAUGGAUUUUAAUCCUGUUGUAGGCUAUGUAAAUGUAGAUAAUGUGAAACAAAAUAAUGUGACCAACAACUUGCUUGAUUUGGCAGAAUUUGAUGCAUUUAGCCAAUCCAACAACAUGAAUGUCCCUCCUCAAUCUAAUUUAACAGAAACGUCAGGAGAUUUUGAACAAAUUUUAGAUCUAGGGCUCUCAACACCUGGGAAGCUAGCAAAUGAAGAUAACGUCAACUCAAAUCUUGUCAACACUAAUGGUUCAUCAGCUCCUCCAGCUCCCAUAAUUGCCUUCCAGGAUGGACUGGUCAAGAAAACAGAUACCUCAGUGGCUGAUCUUUUGUCCUAAUGACAUGAUAAUAAAACUUUGCUCCAUAUUGGAAGUACUAAUAAUCAGUGCAGGCAGAGAAAAUAAAGCGAAGAAACAAAAAAUGAAGAUUGGCACUGCGUAUCCUAGAAAGCAGUGUACAGAGUUUGUAAAUAGUUUGUGUGGUAACAGUUGAAAGACUGAUGUGUGCAUGUGCUAUGGAAUUUGAAUAUAUCCCAGUAAAAUGAAGGAAGGAAUCAACAAAAUUAUGUGAAUAGGGAAAUGCUACCCUACUGUCUGUGGUUGUCUUAGCUUCAUUACUCUUCACCAAUCCCUUUUGAGCAGGAAUAUCUUUAAUUGUAGUUGAUAUAUCUGGUAUAUAUUAUACUACAUAAAAUAAUUUUCCUCUCUACGAACUGAAAUGAGCUUGUGAUUUCCCUGCUGAUUUUUAUCUUGCUAGUUGUGCACAAAGCAAAUUUCUAUGUCUGCAGAUGUAUCUACCUGUCCUGUGUUGCCUGUAUAUAUUAAUUAAUGAUUUUUGACAUUUUUCUUUGGAAUGGAGAUGCACCUCACAUCUCCAUUUCAGUAUGUAUGUAUUUGUUGUAAUGUUUGAUGAAGUAACUGAACUAUGGAAUAAACCCAAUUUUAUUCCAUUAGAUGUAACCUUAUGUAAUUACAUCAAAGAAUUUAUCUCAAAAGCAUUGUGCUGUUACUGACAUAGAUUAUAAAUGAUUGGUAAUUCUAGUUAUAAAUAUUAAUCACAUAACAAUGUAUGAUAAACCUAACAAGCCAAGAGGAACUCUUCUAACCAACAUGGCAAUGGAGAACGCUGUGAACCCAUACCCCUAGUCAGUUAACAAGUAAGAAAAGUGGGUGAUAAGAUGGUGAUUCUGAGAGUUAGGUGAAUGAACAGACUAAUGAGAGAAGCAAUUUACAUUCACCUUACAAUCAUAGUCAUUCUCACAUCACAUGAAAUUGAUUGAAUCAGCUUGUUGCUGUGUAUGGAUGUUAUUUAUUAUUUAAGCAGCUUUUUAUAGUUAGAUAUACAGUAAAUAUAUUUUCUAUUCCACUUAAUUUGAGGAAGGUGGUGAUGUAAAUUUCCCUACCUGAGUGCUCAGAAAUCAAAGGUUCACAAGGAGUAAAAUCUGAGUCAGGGAGGAUGUGUACACAAUUGAUUGGAAAAUUGUAUAAUGUAUAUGUUUAUGUUGAUUUUGUCACUCUAAUUGUUAUGGAGCAGCCUGGGAACACUGCACUGGGCUCUGUAGUCAUACUUCGUCAGCUCAAGGCCUGCAGUCUGUAUUAUUACUCUUACAUUUAACGUAUGAGAAAGUGUACUUUGGAGAGGUUGUCUUUAAUCACCUUUCUGGUUUUUCAGCUGCACUGAACUAUAAUUAAACUGUGAAACUAUUAUCAGUCACUAAUUCACAAAUUUCAUUUUUUAUAAAAUGUUUCAGUGGGUAUACAAGGAAAAAGAUAUUUUCUCCAAAAGUACGCAGCGUGCUCAUAAUUUGCAUAAACUGAAUUACGUCAUGAAAAACUACAAGAAUACUUUAUGAUUUAUUAAUAUAACAUGCAUUUUCUAUGUAAAAUGUGUAUGAUUUGGUUGCAUUUCAUUUUAAUGAAUUACCUUACUGGAAGAUGGGUUUAUUAUAAGGAUAUUAGAUUUGAAAUAUGAAAACUGUUUCUAUUUCUAUAUUUGAAAGCUAACUGUGAACAAUACUAAAGGGCAAAAGUCAAUAAUGUAUUCAUUUUUCCUUGUACAUUGCUUGUAUUAAAGGUGUAUCAAUACCAUAUACA